GACUGACACAGCCCCUUCAGCCACAGAUGUUAUUUAUCUUCCAUCCCUGAAUGUCGCAGCCUAGUCAAAACAGCAACCAGAUACGAUUACGACAUCCCGAAGGCUUAGCCACCCAAAAUAGCGGGACCCACGGGUCGCAGAUGCCCCGCCAUUGUUGAUGCCUUCAUUUUUCGGUCUUUUGUCGCCCUACGUCAGUCAGCUCCAUUCUCAUAUUAAUAUCCUGCUUAUUCUCCCGCCUGUCAACAAUCACACAUAAGUACACCGUCUCUCCUAAAGACACACUCUUCCUGAUUAUACCCUCCUAUCCCCUCCUACCCUCCCAACACCCUCACAAUGUCACAACCAUCCACCAACACAAACAGCCACAAGAUGUGGGACAAAACCAAAACCUACGGCAAAAUGGGCUUCGACAAAGCCUGGGGCGCCCUCGACAAGCUGGGCGCCCCCGUCAACAGACUCAGCAAUAAGUUGGGCUCCGAGGCCUUCUGGCCCAUGACCCUCGACAAAGAAAGUGAAAAGGUCGCCCGGAUUCUCCGCAGUUUCUGCAAAGAUGGCGUGUACGUGGACGAACCAGCCGCGGACACUGCACCUCCUGUCAACAGCAACGAAGCAUCAUCAUCGAAACAGAAGAUUGACAAGCCCCGCGGAAAACAAAAGGUGCUGAAGAAAAUCCCCUCGGAAGUGAUUCGGCAGGCCAAGGGAAUCGUCGUGUUCACGGCCAUGCGAACAGGCUUGUGGUUCAGUGGAGCCGGUGGAAGUGGCAUUCUGAUCGCCCGGGUGCCGGAGACCGGGGAGUGGAGUGCCCCGUCGGGGAUCUUGUUGCAUACGGCUGGAUUGGGCUUCCUUGUUGGUGCGGAUAUCUACGACUGCGUGAUGGUCAUCAAUACCUACGAGGCGCUGGAAGCAUUCACCAAGGUUAGAGUGACGCUGGGCAGCGAGAUCACUGUUGCUGCGGGCCCGAUUGGCAUGGGCGGGGUGUUGGAGUCGGAGGUACAUAAGCGCCGGGCGCCGAUUUGGUGCUAUGUCAAGAGUAGGGGUUUCUACGCGGGGGUGCAGAUUGAUGGAACAAUUGUUAUUGAGCGCAACGAUGAGAACGAAAGGUUCUAUGGUCGGAAAAUUCCAGUCAAGGAGAUCCUGAGUGGCCACGUGCGCACGGAUAACCCGUCCGUGCGAAUGUUGACGCACACGCUACGUUCCGCGCAGGGAGAUGCCAACUUUGACCAGGCUCCUGCUGGAGUGCAAGCGCCCAUGGGACCGAGUCCUAGUGAUUAUGCACCUGAGGAUCUUCAUCAUACUCAUAUGGUUAACACUGGGGCGGCCCCAGGCGGGGGAGCACCAUAUCAGCCCGGUCAAUAUCCUCCUGGGCCCCAAGUUGGUCCUGGUCCUGGUCCGCAAUAUCAAGCCGGUUCCCAGUACCAGCAAGGACCCCAGCAUCAGCAAGGGCCUCAGUAUCAGCAAACACCUCAGUAUCAGCAAACACCUCAGUAUCAGGGUGGUCCGCAGUAUCAACAUGGUGCCCCGUAUCAGCCAGGUCCUCAAUAUCAACAACCGGGUGCGCCAUACCAACCUGGUCCCCAGUAUCACCCGGGUCAUCAGUAGCCUUUGAACCGAAAUUGAUGAGCUGCGCCCGCAACAUAUCUUUGUACCUGCUUCUUCCAGCGAGACGGAUGCCCUAUUGUUAGAACACACAAGAUAACGAAUCACGAUUGAUAACAACUUUUCUAAUCAAAGAAUUCUAUAUAUGCC